AUGUCGAACGCCGUCUAUCGCUUCGAAAUAUCCCCAAACAAUCGGGCGGGAUGCCAGAAUUCUAAAUGCAAACAUGACGGUGUCAAGAUUAUGAAAGGUGAAUUCCGCUUCGGUACUCAAGUGUUCAUCCAGGAGCACUACAGUUGGCAAUGGAAACAUUGGGGAUGUGUCACACCAGUACAGAUUGCAAAUCUACAAUCUCAAGUCGGCCCCUUGGAAGACUUGGAUCUGGACAAGGACCUUCCAGCCAUUCUUGACGGCUAUGAUGAACUGAUUGUUGAAGCUCAAGAGAAGGUCAAGGAUGCAUUGGUUCACGGCCACGUUGCAGAUGAAGACUGGAAGGGGGAUCCCGAGUUGAAUCGUCCCGGAAUGAAAGGCAUCAACAAGCGUACCCCAAAGAAGAAGAAGGCCCCGAAGACAGAUGUAGACGACGAAGCGGGUGCAAAUGGAGACGACCAAUCACCAUCUAAGCCCAAGGCAAAGAAGGGUAGACCGAAGAAGGUCAAGGCAGAAUUGGCUGAGGGAGACGAAGAGGUUCCGGCGCCGAAGACUGCUCGUGGCCGCAAACGCAAGGCAUCUGCCGAAGACGAGUUGGAUGCACCUGUCGAAAAACCAAAGAAAUCUCGUGCCAAAAAGAUCAAGGCUGAAGAGCAUCAACCCUUGGACUCCGACAAUCCAGUAGACGCACCAGCAAAGCCAGCCAAGAAGUCCCGUCAUCCCAAGAAAGAAGAGCCGUCAGAAGAAGACGAAGCCCCCGUCGCGCCGAAAGCCAAAGCUGCAAAGUCAAAGGCAUAUGAUGAGGAAGAUGACACAGACGACGCACCAGAGCCGCCAAAAAAGAAGAAGAAGGGCAGAGCCGGUCGCAGCAAGAAAUAA